AAAAUCACAAACUUUCAUCAAAUAAAACACAACAAAAAAUUUAGUUUAAAAACAUUUUUGUAUCGUUUUGAGAAUUUUAAAAACUUUUCUAUAUCCAUUUUAACCCAUUCCCACCCUAGUGGGGACAAAUUAAUUUGCACUUUGAUAACAGUAAUCAAACUACAGAGUACUGUCCAUUGUUUAUACUCAACUUACUUCUAUAUUAAAGUAGAUUGUCAUAUAUAACUUGUAUAUAUUUUCAUCUAAAUCUUAAAAAAAUAUAAAAUAUAUUAUUUCAUGAACUAUUGUUAUAUUUGGUAUUACACUUACUAAAACUCUUUAAUUAAUGACGAUCCAAUUUGGAUGAUUGUGAAUUUUCUAUUUUAACAGCACUUAACUAGUCAAAAACCACAUUUUAAAAAUAAUACACACAACCGAUACUGUAAAAUGUGAAACUAGUUCUCUUAAAAAAACAACUGUGGGAAACAAUAGAUCAGUAGCACUAAAUAGCGGAGAAUAAAUUCAUCUAAUUCUUCAAUUUCUACAUAUAAAUGUGAUUUAUAGAUAUUUACAAACAUAUUUGAGAAAACUAAAGUAAGACUUUUGUUAUAAACAUUAAAUAGACUAGUAGCGAUGCUCACACAGUUUACAAGUAAUUGUUAGAACUAUUAGGAGGUAAAGUUAAAAGCAGGAUGCUUGUGUGCCCUUACCUAACUGACGAGAUACUUCGUCAGUGAUCCUGCUAAGGGGUUAACUUAAUUCCAGUAUUCCUUGUCUUAUUUCAGUAAAAUUAUGAGACAAUAUUUUGCUUUCAGAUUUAUAUUGUGAGGAAAUCUAGAAACCAUUGCAAUGAGUAUUCCAAUUAUGGAAGUUACCAUCACAAAUGAUCUUGAGAGAAGAAUUGCUGAGGCAUUUGAAGUAUUUGACCAUGGAGGAAAUAAAACAGUGGAUGUGCGAGAAGUUGGGACAAUCAUCCGCUCACUAGGCUGCUGUCCCAGCGAGGCUGAAGUUCAAGAAAUCAUUGUCAGAGUCGAGGACCAAGAAACUUCUGGCAGUGUUCAUUUGGCACACUUCCUGCCUGUAGUCUCACAGAUUAUCUCUGAGUUCAAACUGCAACCAGCGUCCCCUGAAGAGUUAUUGAAGGCCUUCCAGACUCUGGACAAGGAAGGAAAAGGAGUCCUGGACAGAGAGACGAUGUCCAGAGCCAUGAUGGAAGAGGGGGAGCCAUUCACUCAGGAGGAAGUGGAUGAGAUGAUGGCUGUAGCUGUCAGUCCAGAGACUGGGGAUAUCCCUUACGAGUACUACAUCAACCAGAUCAUGGUGGACUAAAUCUGACACCAGCCAUCCAGGAUCAGAAGAUUGCGCUUUCUCAUAACACUUAAUUCAACAAAGACUUUAAAACGAGUCGGAGCAAGUACUUUUUGCGAUUCAGUGUUUAUUUAAAACAAACGAAUAUUAUUAAUAGAAAGAGCCUGUAAAAUGUUAUCAGAUGUUUAUGUGAACAUUAUUUUAUAGUUUGAACUACAGUAUGUACUGGUACAUGAGUUUUGGCAUUCCGAUAGCCACAAAUAUUUACUUAUGUGUGAACUUUUCUCAGAAUCCCUAUUUGUUAUAAAUAAAUACUUGAAUUAAAUAAUAUCCAAUCUUUAA